CAGCAUCGUCGCUGCAAUUCUCGGUGACAAUAUCCGAAAGCACUUUCAGAACCUCAGAUUCUCCCCGACCACGGGGUGUGAAUCAUGAAGCCCAGAACCCUGUUCCUGCUGCUCUUGGGACCUCUAGCCCCGAUCCAAACCUGGGCGAGGUCCCACUCCCUGCGUUAUUUUCACACCGCGGUUUUCCGACCUGAUCGCGAAGAGGCUUUUUAUACCUCGGUGGGCUACGUUGACGACACCCUGUUUCUGCGCUUCGACAGCAACACCUCGAAUCCGAGGGUGGAGCCGCGGGCUCCGUGGAUGGAACAUGAGGGGCCAGCGUUUUGGGAAGCGCAAACCCAAAUUGCUGAGGCCCAUGAGCAAAAAUUGCGCUCGAACCUUCGCUCCACCCUCAGCUACUACAACCAGAGCGAGGACGGCUCUCACACCUUCCAGUGGAGUUCUGGCUGUGACCUUGGACCAGAUGGAAGCUUCCUACGCGGAUAUGAAGAGUUUGCCUACGACGGUGCGGAUUACAUCUCCCUGAAUGAGGACCUGCGCUCCUGGACCGCGUGGGUCAAGGCUGCUAGGAUCACCCAGCACAAAUGGGAGGAUUCAGGGGAUGCAGAGCAUUACAGGGCCUACCUACAGGAGGAGUGCUUGGAGUGGCUCCGCAGAUUCCUGGAGAAAGGAAAGGAGAAGUUGCUGCAUACAGAUCCCCCCAAAACACAUGUGGCCCACCAUCUCAACCCUGAAGGAGAUGUUACCCUGAGGUGCUGGGCCUUGGGCUUCUACCCCAAGGAGAUCACUCUGACCUGGCAGAGGGAUGGGGAGGACCAGACCCAGGACAUGGAGCUUGUGGAGACCAGGCCUGCAGGGGAUGGAACCUUCCAGAAGUGGGCAGCUGUGGUGGUGCCUUCUGGGGAGGAGUGGAGAUACACAUGCCAUGUGCAUCAUGAGGGGCUGCCUGAGCCCCUGGCCCUGAGAUGGGAGUCACCUUCUCAGUUCACCAUCUUUGUCAAGGGAAUUGUUGCUGGCCUGGUUCUCCUUGUAACUGUGGUCAUUGGAGCUAUGGUGGCUGCAGUGAGGCAGAGGAGGAAUGCAGGUAAUGACAGUGCCCAGGACUCUGAUGCUUUUCUGGCCCUAUAAAGCACAAAACAGCUGCCUUGUGUGGGACUGAGCAACAUGAGAUUUGUUCAAGCCUUGUGACCAGAAGAACCUCGGAUUCCCUUUCUGUAAAUGGCUUAUUAGGUCAUCCUCAUUUCUACUGGCAUAAUGUGCAGAAGUGAGACUAAUGCACAGGACUCCUCUCCCCGCACUAUCCCUUGCCUACUCCCCUUUCCUGUUCCAGCAGAGGUGAGGCUGGGACAACUCUCUCCCUGUCUCGACAUCACCAUGCACUGAGUCACAACUUCUUACUUCCAUUCUGAAAAUUAGAAACAGAAUAUAAAUAUUUUUUCAAAAUCUUAACCCCAGGGAUUUAUUGGUUAAUAAACAGAAAAUUCCAAUAAUUUGAAAGGGGAAAGAAAUGGAAACACUGAGAAACUUCCAGAAUCUGUUUUUGCUGUCUUGAGAUAGCUGCAGCUGGAGACAGGAGAAGGCUGUGAGGAGCCCAGUAUGGAUGGGACUGUUCCCAGUUAAGUGCUCAGGUCAUCCUGGGCUUUGAUGUGGUCCCUCCUUAGCUUGGUCAUCUUCCAUACUCCUAUGUCCUUGUCCCUCUGAGAGAACCUUGUCCCACCAGGACCUGUGAUCACUGGGACUCAGACAUCACUAGAGCCUUCUGCUGUCAGCCAGACCCUGGGCAUUAAGGGCUUCCUGUGGCCAGGUUAGGAUGUCCUCCUUCACCCUUUGUGUUUCCUGUCUUAGUUUCUAUGGAGGAUUAUGCCUGUUCUUGUUCUCCCUCCUCCUGAAGUACCUGCCUUGAUGAAGGGUGCCAUAGACUCCAUGACAGUGCCGGCUACGUGGAGGCACCUUGCAGGGCUGGGGCAAGGUCCCUCAGGAGGCUGCACAUGCUCUGAACUAGUGUCCAGCAUGUGGUGCUACUUCCCCCACAGCCAGGAUUCAUGGGUCCAGGAAUCGAGGGAUGGGAAUGGGAGUGGCAGCUCUCAUUAUGGCCCCCAGUGACCCACUAGCAAAGUGUGUGAUUCCCUGCUGGCUUGGAGGUCUUAGUGUCACAGAAGAAAUGCCUCCACCAAGAGACAACAAUGAUUCCACUGAAUUGGAAGGGACAACUGUCACUGGGCACACAGGGGCUUUCUUGCCUUGAGUCAACAGCCAAAGGGUGGAGUUACAUUUUGGGCCCAAGUGAUGGAUCCUGAUAGCCAGGGGAUAUGGGACAGCUGCUCCACAAGGAGGGAAGGAAGGGAAUUCUGGAAUACAGGAGUCCCUUAGGGUGUCUCUUAGUGUUACAUCCCCCAUGAUUAAUGUCCAUUGGAAACUAAGUCAACCCAACCGAGGCAAGACUCAGAGUGGCCAGGACCUUUCAGGAAUGAAGGUUGGCAUCACCACAUCAGGAAAAAUGCCACAA